AUGGCGUCUGACAGAUAUCCGAAGGUGCCCGACAGAUCCCGACAGAGCUUGUGUAAACAGCAAAGCUCGUAUUCAGAGGUUUCCGGCGAGAUCGCCGCAGAGAGCACCAAUCUGGCAUUGUCUGCCACGACACAGGUCACCAGGGGGCGGUUCACCUCCAACCGUCGCCAGACCUGCGGAUCUUCGAAAUCUGCAAGGCUUGCAGACUUUCGGUUAAAUGUGGUGGAUGUCGCCUUUGAGGACAACAAGAGUUUGUUUCUGAACGCGUCAAUCAACCUCUCGCGUGCGUUGACUGCGCGAUUCGAAGAUGCCACGGGCGUGCUGGGUGUCAUCGCGCUGAACAACAGUAUCUCCAGUGCCGCUGUCUAUAACAGGUCAAGCGUCAACCACAGCCAGGUGAACUUGGAGUCAGCAAACUCAAGCGAGCACUACCAGAUCUCGACAGAGACGGGUUCUGAUCGCGAGACGGGCUGCUACGAGAAGCACUUGACUGCAAGAAGAGGUUAUAUUUCUUCUGCGUUCGAGCACAACACGUGCGAAUGGCCGUUCGGUGUCUACGUCUGUGGAUCCACUUUCUGCAGCUCGGGAAGCACGGAAGGGAGCGUCUCGCUAGUGUUCGUUAGUGUGCAGACGAGGUGGGAGUAG